AUGGGAGUAGACUGGGAUGGAACAGCAGUUGGUUUUGCCUGCUUGGGAGGCUUUUUAAUAGCACUUUCAACGAUUAUUAACUUAUAUGUGAUGGGAAGAAUCACAGGGAUGAGUGGAAUUCUUUUUACAAUCUCGACAUGGAAUAAGAAAGAAGGCUUGAUAUGGAAAAUAAGUUUUAUAACUGGGCUAAUUGGAAUAAUUGUGUGCUUUAGGCUGGGGGUGGACCAUAAAGUUAGUGGACAAAAGAUUUUUGAUGGCGAAGAGGCUGGAGAUGAUUUAGAUGUGGCUGGAUGGAUUGUGGGAGGACUAUUUGUGGGCUUUGGGACAAAAUUUGGAAAUGGAUGCACAAGUGGUCAUGCUGUAUGUGGAGUCCCUAGAUUUUCUCCAAGAUCUAUUAUUGCAACUUGUAUAUUUUUGGGUUUUGGGAUUGCAACUGCCACAUUGAGGCAUUAUGAGCCAUUUUUAGAUGACACUUUGGACGUUAGCAGUGAUGCUUAUGAUAUCUAUAGAUUAGUAAGCGGCUGAGUUUAUUUAGCAGUUUUCGUUGGCUUUUUAAUACUAGCUAUCAUCACCGCUCUAUCCAAGGCAACCACAAAAAUAGGGAAAUUCGACUUAUGGGUCUCUUGCUUUGCAGGAGCUUUGUUCGGCUUAGGACUUUUACUGUCAGGAAUGUGCAGAAGGACUAAAAUUCUCGCAUUUUUAACGAUGGCUGAUGGCUGGGAUCCAAGUUUGAUAUUUGUGAUGGCUGUUGCAGUAAGCAUUAAUGUGGUUGCAUUUAACUUGAUUUUAAGACAGAAAAAACCAUUAUGCAGUGCAAAAUUUGGAGUUCCUACAAAUAAACAAAUUGAUUAUGGGAUUAUUAUUGGCCCUGCGUUUUUUGGGAUGGGAUGGGGUUUAACUGGUUUUUGCCCUGGGCCUGCCAUGGCAAAUUUAGUGCUUUUACCACAAGCUGCACUUGAAGUUCUAUUUAUUAUAAUUGGACAACUUUUGACUGAUUUUGGACUUAAAAGAUGGAAAUCUUUUAAAGAAAAGCAAAAAAAAGAUAAUGUAAGCGAAAAAACGAGUAAUCCGAUAUCUCCUGGGAAAAUUAAUGAUAUAAAAGAAGGGGAUAAAACAAGUAAUGUGCAUGAUUUAGAGAAAUUUGGUAAUUCUCAAGAUCUAGGGAAAACAGAUAAUAACCAAGAUCAAGGAAAUUCCAAUAUCGCGCAAGUUUCUCCUUAA